ACCUACAACCCAAAAGGACACAGACGUGUAUUUGAGCUUGGAAUCUAUAUGUACAAUCUUAUGGAAUAAUUUUAUCACUAUACAGGUGCAGUGUGUAGCCAUGGCUGCAUGGGUGGAGGCGACCACAAGGGAAAUGGGCCAAUCGCUCAUUAACCCAGACAAACCUUCAGUUUCAGCCUCUGCACUCCCUGGAGACAUGGGGAAGCCAGCAUUGGACCCAAAACCCCACCUCAUGCCCAAACCAUUUGUCCUGCAAAGGAACGCCACCGUCCGCCCGAUCCGGGCCCCGAAAACCAACUUUAGCAGAGAGCUCAAUCGAGCCGCCUCUUCUGAAGUGCUUUUUGACAUCACAAAACCUGGUACUGGUGGUUCAAAACCAUCAGAAUCCCUAAAAUUAGGCUCAAACGGCACAGUAAAUGGCUCUAACCAAAGUGCAGAUCCUAAACUCGUCCCACUCAGCCAAAAACCUGACUUAAUGGCUAAGGCUAAACCAGAACCCACGAAGACUCCUGGUUCUAAUAACCAAACCGGUCCAAACUCAAAGCCUGGUGUGACCGCUGAAGAUGUGAAGGACGUUCAGCCCAGGAGCAGAGCAAAAUCCUUGGGUUCUCAGGAUCAAAAGAUCCUGAGCCAGAAGGUCCAAGGAGAAGCAGCCAAGACUGAAGCGGACGUCAAAAUGUCUUCAAGAUGCUGGCCGCCUCGAAAUCGUCUCUCCGUGGAGCUGACCUCCAAGUUCGAGUCACCGUCUCAACCAGAGAAAGAGGUGAGGAGAGAUGCUGAAACCAGCAAGAUGGAGAAAGAUUGGCCGCCGUAUUCUCCUUCUGAGUCCAGGUCUUCAAAGCCUCUGAUGGAGAAAGGAGAGACGAGAGACGAGGAGGUCAGCGGAGGCAGCAUUAAGAGACGGAUCAGCCUUCUCUUCGAUCGAUCUACAGCAGCUCAGCGCAGGGACACCUUCAACAAAAGAGACAAUCCACAAGCCGAAAUGUCUGUUGACAUUAAACAGAGAAUCCAGAAUCUGAGCUUGGACGCACCAAGGACGCGCUUGCCAUCCACUGGUGCUCCAAAAAGUCCACCAUCCGAGAAGACACAGAGCACCACAGAUGAGCCACCGAAUGAGAGAUCUUCUGAAAAACCUGCAACAACAGAAAAGGUGCCUGGUGACAAACCAGCAAGUACGACAGAAAUCAAGAACUCUGCUGCUAGUGUGGAGAAUGUAGAAGAAGAGGAAGACUAUGUUGCCAUUCCUGUUGGGAUAAGCCUAGAUGCGGAGAAGAAGAGAAGGGAAGAAGAAGAAAAGCAGAGAAAAGAUGAGCAGUUAGAGAAAGAAAGACAACAGCGGGAAAGGGAAAGACUUUUGGAAGAGGAGAGGGAGGCAAGAGAAAUAGAGAGACAGAAAGAGGAGGAACAAGAGAGAAAACAGGAAGAGGAAAAGCAAAGACAGAUGGAGGAAAGGAGAAAGCAAGAAGAAGAACGAAUGAGAAGAAUUGAAGAAGAAAGAAAAGAGGAGGAGAGGAGGAGACAAGCCGAAAAAGAGAGGGAGAGACAGAUCGAAGAGGAGAAGAGAAGGAUUCAAGAAGAAAAACAGAGACUGAGAGAAGAGGAAAGACUGGAGAAACUAAAGAAAGAGAAAGAAAUGGAGGAAAGAAAACUAAUGGAAGAAAAGAGACAGAAAGAGGAGGAAAGAUUGAGACAGGAACGAGAAAAAGAGAGGCUACAGAAGGAAAAAGAGAUGGAAGAAGAGCGGAGAAGAAUUCAGGAGAUGGAGAGACAAAGAGAGGAAGAAAGAUUGAGAAAAGAGCAACAAUUAGAGAGAAUAAGGAAAGAAAAAGAGAUGAAAGAAGAGAAACAAAGAAUUCAAGAGAUGGAGAGACAAAGAGAGGAAGAAAUAUUGAGAAAAGAGCGAGAAUUAGAGAGAAUAAGGAAAGAAAAAGAGAUGAAAGAAGAGAAACAAAGAAUUCAAGAGAUGGAGAGACAAAGAGAGGAAGAAAUAUUGAGAAAAGAGCGAGAAUUAGAGAGAAUAAGGAAAGAAAAAGAGAUGAAAGAAGAGAAACAAAGAAUUCAAGAGAUGGAGAGACAGAAACAAGAGGAAAGAUUGAGACAGGAACGAGAAUUGGAACGAAUAAGGAAAGAAAAAGAGAUGGAAGAAGAGAAACAAAGAAUUCAAGAGAUGGAGAGACAGAAAGAGGAGGAAAGAUUGAGACAGGAACGAGAAAAAAAGAGACUACAGAAGGAAAAAGAGAUGGAAGAGGAGAGGAGAAGAAUUCAAGAGAUGGAGAGACAGAAAGAGGAGGAAAGACUGCGAAAAGAGCGAGAAUUAGAGAGAAUAAGGAAAGAAAAAAAGAUGGAAGAAGAGCGGAGAAUUCAGGAGAUGGAGAGACAAAAAGAGGAGGAAAGAUUGAGACAAGAACAAGAAUUGGAACGUAUAAGGAAAGAAAAAGAGAUGGAAGAAGAGAAACAAAGAAUUCAAGAGAUGGAGAGACAGAAACAAGAGGAGGAAAGACUGAGAAAAGAACAAGAACUGGAAAGAAUAAGGAAAGAAAAAGAGAUGGAAGAAGAGCGGAGAAGAAUUCAGGAGAUGGAGAGACAGAGAACAGAGGAAAAACUGAGACAGGAGCGAGAAAUAGAGAGACUACAGAAAGAGAGAGAAAUUGAAGAAAGAAAACUAAUGGAAGAGGAGCGACAGAAAGAAGAAAGACUGAGACAGGAAAGAGAAAGAGAUAGACUAAAGAAAGAAAAAGCGAUGGAAGAGGAGAGACAAAGAAUUCAGGAGUUGGAGAAACAGAAAGAGGAGGACAGAUUGAGACAAGAACGAGAAAAUGAGAUGGAGAUGGAAACAUGUAAAGCAGCAGAGAGAUUACGAGAGGAAGUUCCUACGAGUUAUGAUUUAAUAUCGUUUGACGCGGAGGGACCGGCGGCGUCACAGACUCUCGUCUCCACCGUCCAGGCCGCUGCCGUCUCGCCUCGGCUCACUGAAGUGAUUUAUGAUGACUUUUCAGUGAAACCCCGAAGAUGGGGAACCGGGGCGAGACGUUCCUCAACACCGUCUCCAUCCAGAGAACCUCCUGCUGCUCCUGACCACAGUCUACACCCAGAACCAAAGUCCAGUGAUCCUGGAUCCCAAGAACCAUGCGGAGAUCAGGUAUAUGUGCAUGAUCUGACCGGAUUUGAACCUGAAGCUUCCAGUCCACAGAACUCGACCGAAAGCAGAAAGCAAACAUAUUUAUUUGAGGAGUCCAAACCAGAGGACCUGCUGGAGCCAGAAACUCAAUCUGAUGAGGGUCAGUUGAAGGACGGUGAGCCCGAGGAGGAUGCAUUUGCAGAACAGGACACAGAGAAUCUAAUCGGGGAAACCGACGAACAAAAUGAAAACAACGACACUGUUGAUGAUCAAGCUACACAGGCCAGAAUCAAUCAAGUCCUACAGAGACUGACUCAGGCCAGACGACGAAAUACAUCUACUGAUUCAGACACAGCAGACGUCCCAAUUCAGGAGCAGCCCGAACCGCUACCGGUUCUUGAGACUGCAGCUCCUCUACCGGACUCCAGAGUUUUCCGUUCAAAGGUUGAUCUGGGGAAGAAACGGAGCAUAAAGCGUUCCAGACCGUCUCGUUCUAUACGACAGAGAGUCGCCCUGCCCUCUCUGACAGAGGGAACGCAACCCGACUGGAGGUUCUGUGACUCCACAGAAGCAAAAGAUCAGUGGUCCAAUGGAGCGGACUCUGAAUCAGAAGAGGAACCGUCCCAGGAUGUCACGUCCUCUCCAGCCCCGAGCCAGCCUAAGAGAGUCCCUGUGUUUCCUGGGAUGGACCCUUCUGCCCUCAUGGCCCAACUAAAGCGGAGAAGUGGAGUUGCAGAAACAGUAAAUCCAACAGAAGCGCAGACGCCUCCAUCUGUCCCCACACGCUCUCCCCGCACACCCACCAGGUCCCUCGGCCCCAGAGUGCUGCCCCCUGUUGAUGCCAAGGACAGUGGGUCCGGCUCUUCACCCUCCUGGCUGCUUGAGCUCAAAUCCAAGAAGCGAAUGAGUCAACCUGAAAGUGAAGCAUGAAGCUCGUGAAGCUCAGGUUUGAUGCAGUUUAAGAGGAAGUCCGCUGCAGAGGAAGUCUGUGUGAUGCCACAAAGAUGCCAAAGGAACUGACUUACAUGAAUGAGAAGUGCAAAGAUCUUUCAUUCUCAUGCUGACUGAGUAUCAGACUAUUUUGAGUACAAGUCCUGGACUAAACAGUUUGAAGGCUUUGCCAAGAUGAUGUCCUGUUAUGCACAUUUUUACUUUUUACAUAAAAGUCUGUCAUAAUCUGGCAGCGUUAUAAUCGGCAAAAGAGUGUGUGUUUAAAAAGCAAGUGCUGUUAAUGUUAAUUUUGUUUACAUUUAUUAAUCCAGCAGAUGUUUUUAUCUAAAGUGAGGAUGGUUAAAUUCAAGUUCCUCCAGUUCGAUCAGGGGCCAACUGCACAUAUCUUCUGUUCAUCUCUGAUCAUUGAGAAGCAGAAAUCAGUAUAGCUUCAUGCUACAAUGCACUUUAAAUGAGUCAGACCACUGGAAAAGGUGCUCUUAGGCAUUAAAUUGCAUUUGAGUUUGAUUUUUCUGAUUUUAAAUAUUGUGUUUCUAAAAGUCUGAUCUUAAGAUAUUCAUUAUGGCAUUGCUAUAUGAAACUCCUUUUUUUUUCUCUUAAUUGUUUUCAUUCUGUUUACAACGAGCCAUUCCUUUAAGACCAAUUCAUAAGCAUCAUUUGAUGGUAUUUUGAUCUCAUUCGGUUCAUUCUUUUAUUUUAUUCUCUAUGUUUCUACUUUAAUCAAAGCUAGUGUGCAGAAAAGCAUCAGCUGAUGCGCUUGGAUCUGACUGAUGGUCAUUUAUGAGGUUUUGUUUUUGUUGCCCAUGUCUUUUCAGUCCUGCCAAGAACACUUUUACAAACACAAAUCAGAGUUACGAUAAUGUCUAAUAAGUUGUGUCUGUGUUCCUUUGAAAUGUUUUUCGGUCAUGUUUAUUUUUAGACUUCAGCUGUGUAAAUUGCUGCUUGAGGAAAAUGUUUACCUGUUUAAUGUUGGGAAACAUGAAUUGUGUUUUAUAAAAAUAUGAAUUCAUUAAAUAUUUUUCUAAA